CUUUUGCUUGCAACAUGGAAGACUCUGCACAAGAAAUAAAACACCUUCCAGUGUUCUCCUUUCCACUCACUCCCACCUUAUCUCUUACCAUGACCCAGCAAAAUAAUACUCAAAACCACGGUACAACCGUAUGGGACAGCUCACGAGUACUGGCGUAUUAUUUAAUGGAUUCUGUGAAGCGGUUAGUCAACGACGACUUUGGAACGAAAAAAUGUAUAGAGUUAGGUAGCGGCUGUGGUCUGGGAGGACUGGCUAUGGCAGCUUGUGGCUAUGAUGUGGUGUUGACGGAUCUACAAGAAGUCAUCGACCGAGUGUUAGGCGAAAACGUACGUCGCAACCAGUGGGAAAUUCGACAAUGGAUGGCGGAGGGAGCGUCCGUGGGUGUGCAGGUUCAAGACCCCAAAGCGAGAGUCACGGCGUUGGAUUGGAUCGACUUUUACAAUCACCCCGAACGCAUCAACGACUUUGAUCCCCCAUAUUCUUACAUCGUAGCAGCAGACUGUAUAUAUAGCAUGGAUCUCAUUGAGAUAUUCCUCACAUGCAUCUACCGAUUAGCAUCCCCCCUAUCGACCAUUCUUGUAUCCCUUGAGCAUCGAGAUGAUUUAGUGGUGAACCACUUUGUCUCGGAGGCUAAACGACUAGGAUUUGAAAUCAAACUUGUUCCUAAGAAGCUUCUUCGGCUUUCUGUAAAUGAAGACGUAGAAAUCUGGAAGCUCAAAAAGAAAAGAGUAAAAUCCACGCCUGUCAAAGCUUGAAAACGGAUGUUCAUGGACGGUGGCUUAGCGAUGAUAGAAGGUGCUUUGACCGCCGAGAGGGAGCUUUUUUUUUUCUGGAAAUUAAAUUUUGGGAGACGCGAGACUAGCCAGACAUUCGUUUUUUUUUAGCGUGGUGAAAUCAUGAACUUUGUG